AUGAAGCCUUAUUCCGGGCCAAUGAAGCCUUCACCGCCCGAGCAGUACGAAGGUGUCAUCGAGCAGCACGACCCGGUGGAUCCUUUGUUCCUCUUCUAUGCUCCCCAUGUGGCUCACUGCCCACUUCAGGUGCCUCAAGAGUACUACGAGAAGUUCGACUUCAUGGCUGAUGAUGAGGGGCUUUGCAGCCAGCAAACGGUGAAAGAAGAGCAUCCCAUCGACCCCGCCCACUUGGAGCUCAAGUACCAGUGUCGCCGCCAACAUGCCGCGAUGAUCAUGAUCAUGGAUGAGGUGGUGGGAAACAUCACCAAAGCUUUGCAGCACAAGAACAUGUGGAAGGAUACCUUGAUGAUCUUCUCAUCGGACAACGGGGGGCCCCGUACGCUUGGCAGAGAAUGCCGCGAACAACUGGCCCCUGCGGGGAGGGAAGUACAGCAACUUCGAGGGCGGUGUGCGAGUGCCCGCCUUUGUCUCGGGCGGCUUUGUUCCAGCAAACUUGAGGGGAAGCAGCAACUCUGGGAUCAUUCACAUUGCGGAUUGGUAUGCAACCCUCUGUCAUUUGGCAGGUGUGGAUCCCCAGGACCAGCGUGCGGCCGCGGGAGCUUUGCCACCCAUCGACUCGCUCAACAUGUGGCCCUUUCUGGUCGAGUCCAAAGCGUCGCCUCGGGAGGUGAUCCCCUUGGGCGAGAACGCGCUGAUUUGGGGCCGAUGGAAGUUGUUGACUUCCUCAGAAGCACCCAGCUUUUGGCAAGGUCCCAGAUUUCCGAACAGCACUUCGAGAGAAGUCACUGA